AUGCUUUUUGGGGGAAAUGGUUCGCAUAGCGAAAUGCAAUGCAGUGACGGGAAAACAUGUGAAUGUAGCCCUCGACUCACGAAAAAGUACACUUUUAUUCCAUUAUGUUCAAGUCGUUUUACCAUGUUGUUGUCCAUCCCGGUAAGAAGUGGGUGCGAAGCAAACAGUUUAACGGUAACAAGGGAUAGAAAACAUGGAACAAGUAAUUGCGCUCCUCCAUCAGUUGAGGUGUCACCCUGCGCAUCUUCGUUUCUGGUAGGUGACGCCGCACAAAUUGUUGUUUGCCUCCUGAAGUCACCGAGCGUGUACCAAAUCUGUGGAACCGUUUUGUUCCGUCAACAUCGAGUUGGCUCACUCGCGUGUUGCUUUGUGGAACCUGAGGGCCGGUGGGGCGACUUUGGUUGUUCAGCAGUGACAACUCUCACAUCGAAUGAAUCUAAGAACAUACACAUCGGCGAGGGGAGCGAUAUAGUGUACUUUUCUUUUAUGUCCUCGACUGAGGUGAUGGCAGUAUCGUACGGGGCUUGCGUUGGGUACAUGCAACUGAGCGCUGACAAACACAUUAUAAAAGGGAAGAGCAUGCAAUUGGACGGCUUGUCAAACGUAUCUUGUGCCUGUUUGGUCAAUGAGCUGUCGUUAUUGGUGGUACUGACCGAGAGGUAUGUAUGUGGAGUGGUGGAUAUUCGCAGCGGUUGUAUUCUGGAGGUUGUAUGCGACAGCAUGCCGGUUAAAUUAGGCAUCCCGUCAUCGUGCGUCCUGCUACAGCUAGGAGAUAGUGGCACAAUUGAUAUCAUGGUGAACUUCCCCUCAAGUGUAGAACCACAUAUACUCACUUUGCGGAGAAAACAAUGUGAACCCCCCUCCGCUGACGCGCAAAAGCGUGUCAAAGCCAAGCAUAAUUCUCACCUCAAGGAUCUAACAGGUGGGCUGUGCACCAAGCGUUGCGAAGAUUUUUCCCUUGUGGCAUCCGUUGGGUGGGAAAUGGUGAAGUUUCUAGUCAUGCAAAAGGGGAAAUUGCGGGGCCUCGCUAAUUUUGAAAACGAAACUGGUACGCCCUUUUUCUCUGGAUUUUGGGCCGGUGAUCAUUUUGUUGCUAUCCGUGCCGAUGGUUUGGUUGUAUUCCUGUCGGUUGAGUUGCACCAGGGGCACUUCGAUAAGCUUGAGAUUUCCACGUUGGGAAGCAUGGACCUCAUAUCUUGCAGCGCUGCACUCUUGUACGAACAGUCCGAUCGCUUCUUUGUUUUAGCGGUGAAAAACAUGGAGGCACUAUGGAACAACGCAUCUGAUGCAGUCUGCAUAUCGGAUAGCAACAACGCAAGACGUAUGCUCAAGUGUCAUACCGCCCCUGUAUGCCCGACGGGCACCGUAUUGGUUGACACGGUGUUCUUUCGUGAUGGAAUUGCUCUGCUCACCGUCGAGUCUUCCGGAGACUGCUCAGCGACAUUUUUAACUGCGUCGGGAGCCCCAUCACUGCUAUUGGCGAGGGAAAAAAAUCCAGAAGAUAUUGCCAGUUGCCUGUUGUACGACCAAAGAGAAACAAUUUUCGUCACGGGGCACCAAGACGGAACACUGCAUGUUUGGAUUACGGUACAACUUAGACACAUCGUUCAUACAGGACACGCAGGGCCGGUGGACAAGGUAGUGUUACUACCCGAAGGCGGAAAACGGUGUAGUUACGGCUUCAUAUCCGUCUGUACGCAACGUGGGAGCGUGGUAGUGCAUCACGCCGAGACAUUUGAAUGUGUAUGCGUGGUGCAGGCGCCAAGUGCCCCACUUACCAGUCUACUGUGGGAUCCGUCGAGUGAGUGCAUGAUUGCAAUCAGUGGAACUCUCGGAAACCUUUGGCACGCACCCACACAUUGUAUUCGGUUCGCUUUUCACACUUCGUUGUGCACUGCUGAGGGCCUAAAACGACCGGAUCUACUGCGGUAUCCAUACAGGAGUGAAGACGUGGAGGUAGAUAAAAUCUCCGUGUGUGGAAGAACUUAUCUUUCCAUCCGUGUAGAUGUGGCGUCCCUUCUCGACGCACUGAGUCAGCGCGGUGCGGGUGAAUUAAGACCAAGUAGCCGGAUCGUGCUGUCUCUUUUAUUUUCUCGACUCAGUCAAGUUAUAAAGCAGUUAAGGGAGUUUGCUGGGUCUACGAAUACCUCGAAGGAUGGUCAUGAGUUUUUUAGUCCAGUCAAUGGGGUUCAGUCUGGCACGUAUACAUUAGCUACUUCCAUUGCGUGCAAAUUACUUAGCGGCUCGCGGGGAUCCGCGGAUCUUGAGAAGGUGAUAUACGGAAAGGAACUUUGUGACUCGCUUUUGAACUCAGGUUGUAUUGCGGAGGUGCCGACACCCGAAGACAUUAUUAUCCAAGCGUUUCCGCUUCUGUUAAAACUGACAGAAGUAGCACGAAAGGCAGUCCGUCAGUCCAUCAGGGCAGCAAUGGCUUUGCUUCCAACACAGAGGUUAAACGACCUGGUGAAAAAUCUCCUCAACAGUGCCUCCAGCGACUCAUCGAUACGUCGUUGGUUUGGGGUGUCAUAUUCAACUUCAAACGUUGAUGUGUGGUGCUAUAGCCUGUUGAUUCAGCUGACCAUUGCUAGUGAGGCACCAGCAGCUGAAUGUGCGGACGCAGUGUCUUCUGUGGUACAAAGCCUUCGUACGGAAACGCCGUGCUUUGCGAAGGUGCUCGUAGCCGAAGGCGAAACUCAACGCCUUCUAUUUUUUUUACUCGUUCUUAGAGACUACUACGCGUACAUGGCCGGAAACCUACUAACCGACUUACAACCCGUGGCUGACGCCGUGGCGACACUGGCAUUCGAAGCAGAUGGUAAUGUUUCUGCGUCAGCAGUGAAAACCCUGCUAGUGAUCACCAUCACAGAAGGAAGACCUUUCAUACAAGACUACCUAAAUAGGUGGUAUAGUACCAAUGUCCACUGGAGACCCCGCCUACUUGGGUUCUUGGGAAGCCUAAUUCAGGUGGCGCCUCUUCAGUCGUACAUUUCAUUUUCAACAAUGAGGGAACUGUUCCUACAGGCGUAUGAUCCACACAAUCCCAGUAGGGUAGAGAGGGACGCGUGUGCAAUGCCAGCGCUUCGUUUGAUUGGUCUAGCGGUUACUUACCUUCCCAACGUUUCCUUUCAGCAGCAGCUGCAGUACCUAGCUGUAGGCAACCACGACGGUGUUGUACAGGUCAUCGAUUUAAAAACAACCGGUAUCAUCGCCUCAUUUGCCUCCCACACAGAAGCUAUCCUUUGUGUCUCAUAUAGUAGCAACACGUCGAGCCAUGACAUCGCGGUUCUUGGCGAAAAAAUGAAUCAGGUAAAGGUGUGGCAUGGAAGCCGCUCCACUGGUGUAUUCGGUGCACUGUUUUCGGGCCCCACGAUUGAAUUUCGUCUCAGAUUCGUCGUUGAUAUACCACUACUCACGACAUUCGAUCCGGUGUCGUGUGACCUGCAGCUAUUAGUUACCAAGUGCAAGCUGAAGUGGCUCUCGCCGCGAUGUGUUGAACUGUGCACACCAGUUCAUGACAGAUUGAGACUAACUGUUCCGUAA